AUGUCCGCAUGGCCUUUUGGACAGAAUAGCAGCGGUGCUACUAUAGGAUCGUCGCUGAUAAGUAAGACUCUGGAUGAGUACUUCCAUGUCCUCGAGCAUCUACAAUUACCUGAAGGUCAGUUACCUCCAUCUAUAAAACGUAGGAACACCGGCAGUGAUGAUGAUGAUGAAAAUAAUGAUGACUACAACGAGAAUAACGAUUCGAGCACUUUGCUCAAUACGAUUCAUGAGAAUGAACCGAUGAUUGCACACGAGAUAUCUGCAACUAAUAGAACUCCCUUGAAGAGGGAUAGAACAGGGGAACAAGAUGAUGAAAUUAAGGAGAAAGAUGAUGACAGUAAGGAGAAAGGGAACGCUCCUGUUUAUGGGGUUCAUGAUUUAGAUUCAAAAUUCAUAGAGAAAAUAUUGAUAGAUCCUGAAUUACUUAAUGAGUUGAACAGACAAAACAAUAAAUUGCUGGAUUUCUUAUGUUAUGGAAUAUUUUAUGAUAACAAACAAUCUAAAACUGCCAAUCUGCAAUAUUUAAUUGAUCAAUUAUUGAUUUGCUGUGAUUCGAUUGAUCCUGAUGAUAAAGAUUUAUCGUUGCUCCCAAAGGAUGAUCAAUUUUUUGUUGGUGAGAGAGAUAAAAAUGAAGAAGAAUCACAAAGCACUAAAUUUCUACGUAGAGCCACUAUUUUAUCAGAAAUGUUUUCAUCUGAUAUUUGGUUGAUUACAGAGACAUUAAUGAAACAUAAACCGUACUUAGAUAAACUUUGGUCUUUAUUGACCCAUCCAAAUUUUAAUUCUGAAAAAUCUCCAAUUGUUUCGAUAUUCAUUAAGAUUAACCAAAAUCUAUUAUUUUCCAAACAAGAUGAUUACUUACAAUUUAUUCUGACACAUGAUACUUUAGUAGAUGACGUGUUGAGCCACAUAGAUAUAUCUAUGGUGAUGGAUUUUUUACUUAAAUUGAUUGGAUCAGAUAGAAUAGAUUCCCCAACAGGAAUCAUCACAUUAUUGAGAAAACAACAAAUGAUCCCUAAAUUGUUACAAUUCUUUAAUAAUAGUCAGUAUGGUAGUGAUGUUCAAGCAUAUGUGGGAGAUUUCUUAAAGGCCAUCAUUGCGGUCUCUGCAAACGCUCCAUUGGAUGAUGUCUCAGUGGGUCCCAAUGAUUUAACUCGUGAAUUAGCGUCACCUCAAGCCAUUGAUAUGUUAACCAAAAUAAUGAUACGGGAACGUGGAACAGCAUUAAAUAUUGCUGUGUCUGUUGUAAUAGAAUUGAUAAGGAAAAAUAAUUCAGAUUAUGACCAAAUAAAUCUAUUGACUACUACUUUAAGAGAAAAUCCACCGACCGAUAGGGAUCCGAUAUAUUUGGGUUAUUUGUUAAAACGAUUCACUCGAUGUUUGCCUGAAUUGUUCCAGAUUAUAUUGGAUAUUGAGCUAGAUAAUUCUUUACCAACGCGAAAGAAUCAAUUAGGGGAAACAUUUAAACCAUUAGGAUUUGAAAGGUUCAAAAUUGUGGAACUAAUUGCAGAAUUAUUACAUUGUUCUAAUAUGGGACUGAUGAAUUCAAUGAGAGCUGAAAGAAUAGCUUCAAAGAGAGAUCAAUAUAGAGAACUUUUUCUUCAAGGUGAUGUUGUUACUAAUCCAAACCCUCAUAUGGUUACAACGUUACAUAGACUCUCGAUUAAUGAGGAUGAUACCGAUGAUGUCAUUGUUAGUAAUGAAAAUGACAAUGCCAUCAAUGAUAAUUAUAAUUAUAACAAUAAUAACAGUAACGAUAAUAAUGAAACAAAUGGUAUACCGACAACAUCACAAUCAUCCGAGACUACGAAAGAACAACAACUAGAAAAUUUCUUAAACAAAAACGAUGAUGAUGAUGGAGAAGAAGUAGAUGAAUCUUUUGAUAUACCAUAUGUUAAGGAUACUCAAAAUGAAAAAUUGAGAAAAUCUCCUACGAUUGGGGAUUAUUAUAAAAUAUCCUUAUAUGAUAAUUAUAUUAUCCCAAGAAUUUUACUUCUUUUCUUAAAAUAUCCAUGGAAUAACUUUUGGCAUAACGUAAUUUUUGAUAUUAUUCAACAAAUAUUUAAUGGAAGAAUGGAUUUUUCUUACAAUUCUUUCUUAGUUUAUUCACUAUUUGAUAUUAAAGGCGCUAAACAAUUUAAUAAUAUGGAACCAAAACAAACAAGUGACGAUCAAUUAGAUAUAUCAAAUUUUAAGAUUACUACAGAUUUUAUACUUAGAGGUUAUCAGAAUUCUUAUAGAUUUUAUGAUACAAAAAAUAUGAAUUUAGGGUUUAUGGGUCAUUUAGUAUUAAUCGCUGAAGAGGUCGUGAAAUUUUCUAAAUUAUACAAAGUAGAAUUGAUAUCACCUGAUAUUUUUAAAUGUUUACAAGAUGAAGAUUGGCAAUAUUACUCGGAAGAGGUUCUGAAUGAUACAAGAAUGAUGUACUCUAAGAUUCUAGGUGGAGGUACAUAUGUUGAGGAUGGAAAUGGUAAUAUUAUUCCACAAUUACCAAAUUCUUAUAAUGGAGAUGAUGAUCCUGCCAAAUCUGAAGGAGAAGAUGAUAAUGGUAAUGGAAUUAAUGGUGAUGAAAAUAUGGGUGGUGGAUUGGUAAACGUCGAAUCUCUAGAAGAACAAUUAUCCACAGAAUCCGAUCUUCAUUUCAAAUUAAAGCAGAUGUUGAUCUCAAGAUCUCGUGCAGAUGUAGACGAAAAGAAUGAGAAAAAUGGAGUUAUAAUACUUGGGCCACCCCCAGCAACAACUGGAUGA